AUGUCGUCGCAUCUGGAAGUUCGCUUUGCGAAUUGGAUUAUUUUGGUGGUAGCAGCACUGACAGUUCUUGGAGGUGCUACGGCCAAGGAUGACGUCCCUUUGCCUCGGCUUAUCACCCUUCAAGCCGCCAGUCCUGCUCCAGCUCCUCCCCAGGAAGUGAUUAUAGAGGAGGGCUACAACCACCAUCAUCAUCCUUAUCCGCACAGCUACCCCUAUCCACAUCCGCCGCAGCAUCACUGUCAGUGCCCACCAGGUCCUCCAGGACCUCCUGGGCCACCGGGACACCCGGGCGAGAAGGGGCAUCCCGGACCGAAAGGACCUAAGGGUGAUACCGGAGAGAAGGGAUCUCGGGGAGACAAGGGCUACCACGGAAGGCCUGGAUUUCCUGGACCUCAGGGUCCACCUGGAUUUCCCGGAGGCUCGCCUUUCCCCUUUCCUCCUCCCCCGCCACCCGGACUUAGAGGCAAUGGAGGACAGGGAGGACAAAAUAGGUUAUACGAUGAUGAGGAGGACAAUUAUUACGGCAAUGAGCGGGCCUUCACUUAUAUUGAAGACGAUCAGAUCGGCAGUCAACCCGUCAUCUUAGCCUUCAGUCAGCACAGGAAUCCAUUUACCGCAAAACUUAAUAAAAGAGCGAAUUAA